AUAGUUAACUAUUCCACUAAUACAUGGCCAAUAUUGAUGGUAUAAAGUGACAUGCAUGUCAUUGUAAAUAGUCAACAAUACUGAAGUUUACAAGUUUAUCAUCUGUUGUGUAAAAAGGACUUCUUCUAAUGUUUUCUCAACAAAAUACGUCAUUUUAAACAUUGAGAGAAUACAAAACAGGUCUGCACGAUGCAAACGCCUGCGGACGCAGCGCGUUCGCGCGAAAACAAUAAGAUGAUGAAUACCAGGGAGAAAGAAGACUAUAUUGAGAACUGUAUGUUCCCAUUCUGUGAUGAAAGUGGCAAAUAUGAAAAGGUUGCUAAAAUAGGACAAGGAACUUUUGGGGAAGUAUUCAAAGCCAGAGAUAAAAGUAAUCCAAACAAAUAUGUAGCAAUGAAAAAGGUUCUAAUGGAAAAUGAGAAAGAAGGUUUUCCAAUCACAGCUUUAAGAGAAAUUCGAAUAUUACAACUUCUGAAGCAUGAGAAUGUAGUAAAUUUAAUCGAAAUCUGUCGAACGAAAGCAACUCAGUUUAACAAAUAUCGCUCGACGUUCUACCUGGUUUUCGACUUCUGUGAACACGAUUUAGCUGGACUACUUUCGAACGUAAACGUGAAAUUCAGCCUGGGUGAAAUCAAAAAAGUCAUGCAGCAGUUACUCAAUGGACUAUACUACAUUCACAGCAACAAAAUUUUGCAUCGUGAUAUGAAAGCCGCCAAUGUGCUCAUCACGAAAAACGGAAUCCUCAAAUUGGCUGAUUUUGGAUUGGCGCGUGCAUUCAGCGCUAACAAAAACGGUGAACCUAAUCGUUUCACGAACCGCGUGGUAACGCUAUGGUAUCGCCCACCAGAACUGCUGCUUGGUGAGCGCAACUACGGCCCACCGGUUGACUUAUGGGGUGCGGGUUGUAUCAUGGCCGAGAUGUGGACACGAUCGCCCAUUAUGCAGGGCAACAGUGAGCAGCAGCAGUUGAUCUUCAUCUCACAGUUAUGCGGGUCGAUCACGCCAACUGUAUGGCCCGGCGUUGAAAACCUCGACUUGUACAAGACGAUGGAGUUGCCACAGCUGCAAAAGCGCAAGGUGAAAGAACGCUUAAGGCCGUACAUGAAAGAUCCGUACGCGUGCGAUUUGCUCGACCGUUUACUGGUGCUGGACCCAAGUAAACGCGCUGAUUCCGACUCGGCGCUCAAUCACGACUUCUUCUGGACUGAUCCGAUGCCAUGCAGUCUUAGUAACAUGCUGGCCAAUCACCACCAGAGUAUGUUCGAGUUCCUAGCGCCGCCGCGGCGCGCCACACACAUGCGCACGCAUCAUUCACUGCCCGGUGCGCGGCCACCAGCUUCAUCCGUGCAGGAUAGCAGUAGUUAUCAGGAUCGAGUGUUUUAAAUUUGACCAAGUUCGUCAAGGGCGUCAAUGAAAUCUUCAAUGAUGAGCUCCAUUAAAGUCGGGAAUGUCUAGGAGAAAAAAUUAAAUUAGAAAACAUAUUUUGUUUAAAGCGUCUCCCAACAUAAAACAUAUAUGAAC